CCGGCAAUGUCGUCACCAAAUCUCCCUCCCAACCGUUGGCCUUACCUCUCCCUACUUUAUACCCUCCAUAACCUCUCGUUACCCACCUACCACCAGUUCCUACACCCUUGCCCUUGUGCUCUCUCUGCCCUACCUCUAUCCCUUCUCCUGUUCCUAUUCGUAUCCUUCUAGCUGCAUUGCCGAUCCUAGCCAUCUUCCACUGCAUCACACUUCCUAGAGGCCUUGGGAAUCCUCACCUCCUUACCUCACCACCACUCCCACCUCACACCAGUAGCCGCCUCACCGGGAGCGACCGUUAUGGACGUCGUACGCCCCACCGUCAGGCCGGCGGAGAGUUUCAUAGUGUUGCCUGGAAUGAAGCCAACGUACAACACCUCCGACCCACAUGGCUCUUCAAAGCCAGUCAUGGAGAAGCGUCUUGCAGGCUUGGGAUGGGUUCCUAACAAGAUCCGCCAUCUCGUGAUUGCCUGCAUAGGAGAGUUUGUCGGAACAUUCCUCUUCUUAUUCUUCGCCUACACUGGCACACAAGUUGCCAAUAACCUCCUUGGCGACAACCCAAUGAACGUGGGAACACUCAUCUACAUCUCGCUUUCCUUCGGCUUCUCACUCAUGGUCAAUGUCUGGGUCUUCUUCCGCAUCAGUGGUGGUUUGUUCAACCCGGCUGUCACCAUCGCCAUGGCACUUAUCGGAGCAGUUGACUGGAUCAAAGCUGGAUUGCUCAUCGUCACGCAAAUCGUUGGUGGUAUCGCCGCUGCUGGAAUCGUCUCAGUACUGUUCCCCGGUCCCCUGUCUGUUCGAACGACUCUUAGUUCGGGUACUUCGAUCACCCGGGGCUUGUUCAUUGAGAUGUUCUUGACGGCCCAACUCGUCUUCUGCAUUUUCAUGCUGGCAGCCGAGAAGCACAGGUCCACCUUCCUCGCUCCGAUUGGUAUCGGCUUUUCGCUGUUCAUUGCCGAGCUUGCUGGUGUCUAUUACACUGGAGGAUCUCUGAAUCCUGCUCGCUCCUUUGGUCCCAGUGUCAUCCUGGGUAGAUUCUACUCCUACCACUGGAUCUACUGGGUUGGACCUUUGCUCGGUUCCCUCGUGGCAGUCAUAUUCUACCGCCUGAUCAAGGUUCUCGAGUACGAGACUGCCAACCCUGAUGCCGAGAGCGAUGGUCAUGACCACGCCCACAGCAUUAGCAGCCGCCCCAACACAGGCAACACAGGCAAUGGUCUUCGCCCGAUGUCAUCUGGCGACAACAUGGACGGAACUGAUGAGAGGGACUUUGCAUCUCAGUUCAACAGACCAGCCCGCAAGAUGGCCCAUCGUUCAACAACAGCCAACCGACUCUCGCAUCACAACAAUGCUUCAGCAGAGACUGCCGUUGGCAACCCUAUCACACCUCCCGCAGCGCACAAGUUUGGCGGCGACGGCUACCGCACCGAUAGCGCUAGCAACUCCCCAGCAACAGUAGUCCCCCAUGUCGGUACUGUACCUCGAUCCAACAAUCGCUUCUCGUCCCACACCGAGUAUGAGAUGGCAAACGAUGUCGGCUACCGCAGCGGCCCGAGCACAGAGUCGGGAGGCAGGUCGUAGUCUGGCUCUUCGUCUUCUCCCGGGUCGAGUUCGACAUCGAGUUCGAAAUCGAGCUCGAAAUCGAGCUCAACAUCGAGCGACUGACAUGAGAAGCCACAGCGCGGUUGUAGUGACGGUAUCCUGUACUGGCCGUGCUGUUGGCUUCCAGGGUUCGUUCUCAGGGCUAUCUUCUGUCCUGGGUGAAAGGUAUUGAUGAAUGGUGGCACCGUCGUGUUUCUUCAUUUUUAGCAGGGCGUUCUUUAGGGAGGCAAGCACACAUGGGUGGAUUGACGGGCCAAGUAUUUGGCCUGCUGUGUUUUCGCAUGGGAAAAUGGGUCAUGGGUCAUGAGUUAUGAAUCAUGAAAAAGCGU